CCGUAAUCGUAAUCGUCUUUGUCCAGCCUUUUUCUUUCCCUCCAUCGCAGAGUUGAGUUAAAGUACUAAAAAAGCGUUCGGUGAAUUGCCGCCUCUGCCGGCAUACCCAACCCUAACCAGAUAGAUAUGGUGCUUCAACUUCACCCGGACAACAGAUUGUCGCUCAAUCGCCAAAUCAAAGAUGGAGAUCUGGUCAUCGUCUACGAAAAGCACGACGCCAUGAAAGCCGUGAAGGUUUCCGAGCACGAGGUGCUCCAGAAUCGUUUCGGCGCGUUCAAGCAUUCCGAUUGGAUCGGAAAAUCGUUCGGAUCCAAAGUAUAUGGACACAAAGGCGGCUUUGUCUACCUGCUGGCCCCGACGCCGGAGCUGUGGACGCUGGUUCUGAGCCACCGCACUCAGAUUCUGUACAUUGCCGAUAUCAGCUUCGUGAUAAUGUGCCUGGAGAUAGUUCCUGGCUGCGUGGUUCUUGAAUCCGGAACCGGUAGCGGUUCAUUGACCACUUCUUUUGCCAGGGCUGUUGCUCCCACUGGACAUGUUUACACAUUUGAUUUUCACCAACAGAGGGCUGCCUCUGCUAGGGAUGAUUUUGAGAGGACGGGGAUAAGCGAGCUAGUCAAAGUUGGAGUGAGAGACAUUCAAGGUGAAGGGUUCCCUGAAGAAUUCACCGGUAGGGCAGAUUCUGUCUUUCUUGACCUCCCUCAGCCAUGGAUGGCCAUACCUUCGGCUGGAAAAAUGUUGAGAGGCGAUGGAAUCUUGUGCUCCUUUUCUCCAUGCAUUGAGCAAGUCCAACGCUCAUCUGAAGCACUCGCAUCACAUUAUUUUACUGAUAUAAGAACAUUUGAGGUGCUUCUUCGCACAUAUGAAGUUAGGAAGAGAAACAUGGAGGGGCAGGAUGGCAGUGGAAGCAAUGGAGGAGGGUCUGUCGAGGAACAUUCAAAGAAGAGAAAGUGUGGCUUUGAUGCAGGCGGCGAUGGUACUGUGAUGGUGAGGCCUUCGAGCGAGUCACGAGGGCAUACCGGAUACUUAACAUUUGCCAGGCUUAAAUGUGUUUCUUGCAGUGAUAAUUAAAAGGAUCUCAUCAUAUAAAAUGUAGAGUCACAUUUGCUUCAUAUCCAGUGUAACGUCAUACUCUCUUUCCGGGGGAAUUUUGUUUGCAUUUGUCUUUUUUUUUUUAAUCAAAGUUUGUAGAUUUUGACUUUAGGAUUUGUUUGGUUCGGGAGAGGGUAUGGAGGUGAGGAAAAAUGAAUUCCUUUAGGUCCC